AUGUUUUGUGGUAGUGCUAAGGGAGAAUUAUUACCGCCGUAUAUUGUCUAUAAAUCUAAGCAACUAUGGAAUACAUGGACGGAACAAGGGCCAAAAGAUGCCAGAUUUAACAAUAGCCCAUCAGGUUGGUUUGACAUGAAUAUAUUUAACGAUUGGUUUUUUACACAAAUUUUGCCAAUAUUAAAGAAACAAGAGGGUCCGAAAGUUAUAAUAGGAGAUAACUUGUCAUCUCACAUUUCUGUAGACGUCCUAAAUGCUUGUGACAAAAAUAAUAUUAGAUUUGUUUGUUUGCCACCUAAUAGCACUCAUCUAACUCAGCCGUUAGAUGUUGCCUUUUUCCACCCAAUGAAGGUAGCAUGGAGAAAAAUCCUGACCGAGUGGAAGGCGAGUGUUCAAGGUAGGCGAGAGCAAGUACUCCAAAAAAGCAGUUUCCCAGUUCUGUUAAACCGACUCAUUGAUAUUUUGGAACCGACGCGAGAGGUAAACCUCGUUUCAGGUUUUCGGAAAUGUGGAAUUUAUCCGGUUGAUGCCAAUCCAUUAUUAGAGAGGUUGCCUACAACUGUUGACAAGACUGCUUUGCAAGACUCUUUUCUGCAGAGUCUUGAAGCUAAGAGGCUAGAAUGGACGACAAAUGGAACUACAAGAGGACGUCGCAGGAAACUACACAUCACUCCUGGAAAAAGUGUAACUGAAGAAUUAAGCACACUUUUGGAUGAUAAAGAAAAUGAAGAGUUGGCUCAACCGUCAACUUCAAAGAUACCAUGUCGCCGCAGAGCCAGUAGUGAAAGCUCUUACGCAGAAAGUAACGACAUGUCAGUUCAUGAUUCUUCCGAUCUAGGUUCUCUUGGAGAUUUAGAAAAUCUUGAAGCUAAUACUGAUACAGCGGCCGAAACUUGUAAUGAAAAUUGCAAUUUCAAACCAAUUGUGAAGGCGAUCGGGCAAUAUGUAGUCUUCACGUAUGAGGAGGAAAUUUUUCCUGGUAAAAUCACAAAAAUAACUAAAGAAGGGCCGUAUAUCUCUUCAAUGAAGAGGUCACUAAAAUCCUGGACGUGGCCUAAACCCGUCGAUGAAAUUCAAUACAAUUGGCAGGAUAUAUUGGGAUGUAUUGAAGUCCCUAAAAAAAUUAGUACCCGCCGUGAAAUAUAUUCCGUCCCUGAACUAGACCAAACUUGGGGUUUUUAA